CUGCCCCAGGGCAGGGACCAUAGGUGAGAGCAGAGCUGCGGCCGCCUCGAAUGGAUCUGCCUCUGCCCGGCCAGGAUCUGAGAUUUAUUCCUGAAAGGAUGGUCCCUUUCAGUUUCCCUCUGUCCAAGUGUGCACUCUGGGACCCAGUCCCUAGGGGCGAUGUCAUUGGCUCACAUAUCACCUAUUAUAGAAACCCAAAGUUAUCUCUGAUGGAGAAAACCUUGCGACUCGCCUAUCGCCACGCAAAGCAGAAUGACAAGAAAUUAUUUUCUUGUUUUUUGCUUGGAACUCUUGGAGCAGAUGAAGAUGGGGAAGGCAUCACACUAACAAUUGACCGCUUUGAUCCUGGCCGAGAAGUUCCUGGUGGUUCAGGCAAAAUUCCAUCUGCACCUCUUCCUGGAGACUUCUUGAUUCCCUGUGUAAUUAAUGCCUGGGGACCUUCUGCAGAUAAUAUCAUAGUGCACAGUGCUGAAGAUAUUGGCUUGGCUUUCAAGAACCUGCAGCACAGUCUCUGCAGCAAAGAAUCACUGGAGCUUUCUAAACUGCUCACUGUCAGAGCUCACAUUGUUUUCACAGAAAACCUGGAUAAUCUACAAUUUAAUUUUCACUGGGCUUCUAUUACUGCAGCAAACAUCUUGGAAUACACCCCAGUGAAGUCUGUCCCAAUUAUUCCUACAGCCCUAGCAAGAAAUUUGAGCAGUACUAUGAAUAUUGCACAAGUUCAAGGAACUUAUAAAUGUGGCUACCUUACUAUGGACCAGACACGGAAACUGCUUUUGCUGCUCGAGUCUGAUCCCAAGGCUUAUGCUCUGCCAUUAGUUGGAGUUUGGCUGAGUGGAAUUACUCACAUCUAUAGUCCUCAAAUCUGGGCUUGUUGCCUGAGAUAUUUAUUCAGUUCCUCAAUUCAAGAAAGGGUUUUUUCAGAAUCUGGGAGUUUUCUUAUUGUGCUUUAUUCAUUGACACACAAGGAACCAGAGUUUUAUGAGUGUGUUCCAUCAAGUGGACAGACUGAACUAGGGUUUCAGAUCUUAACUUGUAAUGAAAGAGUGCACCUCUUCAAAAAUGUGGAGCCUUCAGACAAGAGUCCCAUCCAUUUUGAGCUGAGUGCAGAAAACCAAAAUGCAGAAACAGAGUUUUUCAGCAGAGUUUGUAAGAAACUUCCUAUCAGAAGUCCUUCCCAAGGCUCACCCAGCAAAUUGUCAGCAAGUGAUCACGACUCUGGGGUAGAAGAUGAGGAUUUAUCCCCCAGACCAAUUCCAAGUCCUCACCCAGUGAGUCAACAGGUUUCUAGGAUCUUUCCUUCAGUUCCUGAGCUGUCACUUGUUUUGGAUGGGAGCUUCAUAGAAUCAGGACAACCAUCUAAGCCUGUGGGGACCUCAGAUGCUAAAAGUCUACCCUCAGCAAUACAUCAGCCUAUUAAAAAGAAAUCAUGUUUGGGAUCUUCAUAUUAUCCCACCCAGCAUUCUGAAGACAAGCAAAACUUUUCUGGUAAUAUGGCAGAUCCCUCUUUGAGGCAAAUACCAAACCAUUUAAACCAGAAAAUUCCAACUUCAAGGCCUUCCAGAGGAAAACAACCUCUGCUACAGCAACAGUUGCACUCUAAGAAACCUUGUCCUCAGUCAAGAAAAAGUUCUGGAUCGUCUUCUCCUUCAACCCCUUGUGGUGGGAUUUCCCCAGAUACCUCUGUGCAUCACCCCAGGCAGCCAUCAGAAAGACCUGUGUUAAAUCCCAAUGGAUCUGCACAGCAGGGAGAGCCUCCAAUUAGAAGAACAUCAAUAUCCAGUUCCAACCAGGUCCCUGCUGUUACACAGCCAGUCCUCUGCACCUCUGCUUUUUCACCACAGAUCUGCAGAAGACCCCCAGAACUCCAGGUGCCAGUUCAAGUCCCUCCUUGCUGUCCAGCCAGUGCCUGCAGCUGUCAGUUUCCUGCUUCCACCCAGUAUAAUCCCAUAAACUCAUGGCAAGGAAUGGGUAAAACGAGCCACAAACACGAAGCAGAAACCCAAUCAGAGCUGGCUCACCAGAGUCCCUGUGCAGUGCUCCAUCAAAAUAUCAUUUGCCCAAAUGUUUGCUGCAAUCCUGGAUACACCACAAGCAGCCCUAUAAAUGUGAGAUAUCAUGGGAAAAUGGGGAACUGUUCCCUUGACAAUAGCUUAUCACCUGCAGUAAGACAGCCUUCAAGUGCAAACUCCUCUAGUCCCCAGUUCUGUGCAGCCCACUCACCGUGCUGGCACAGGGCUGCUCCUAACCCAGGAUCAGAUAAUGGAAUGAUGGGAUUAUCUCCAGAUGCAUUCCGGGUGCUGACAGAGCAGGACAGACAACUCAAAUUACUUCAAGCACAGAUCCAACGCUUAUUGGAAGCACAGGCUGCUCAGGCUCGUUCCCCUGAACCAGCUGGAGCUUGCCCUGCUCUGCAGCCUGAGAAGCCAGGGGACCUUGUUUCUAUGGAAACGCAGCCCUCAGCAUCUCCCCCCGUGAGGACGAGUGUGAGCAUUGCUGUGAGCACAGGUGCUAGCUUAUUUUGGAACACAUCCCCAGAAAAACAAGGAGAUUUCUUACCACAAGGCAAAAAAGAGGAUGAAGAUAUUUCUAAGGAAGACAUAAGCAUCUCAAUUAAUGCUGAACAAGAUGCAAGUAAUACAAGUAUUGCUUCUUCCUUAAAGGUGGUUGACAUGCCCAGUUUUGUAGACAGUGUUCAUCUUGUGGAAGAAGGAACUAAUCAGAACACUCUCCAAAAUGGAAACGUUUCCCAAGCACUUGCUCGCAGUUCAUCCUUGGAGGAAAGUGUGAGCGUGUCUUUACAGAAAGAACCAACAGAGGGAGCCAGCAACCAUGUGGUGGUAACAAGCGAGCAAAACUCGGAGCCACCUGCCUCAUUGCUGCCUUGCCAUCCCUCGGAGGAUCAGAAGCUUUACCAGGACUUACUGGGCCAAGUAAACCAUCUCUUGAAGUCCUCAGAAGAGCAAGAUCACUUGCCUGUUAAAGUAGGUUUUGUUGAUGAUGAUGAUGAUGGUCCUAAGUAUCAAGAUAUUGAUGACACAACAGGAAUUGCUUCAGAGACUGACACUGGAGUGGUGGAUAAAGAGAGUGUGAUCAGUGCUACACUCAAACAGCUGAGGAGCCUCGGGGUGACAAUUGACUCUCCCAGCAAAAUGAAGAGAAAUACACACAAAGUGGAGAAUGCCAGCAUCUUGGCGUGCAUAAAUCCUGAAGCAGUGGUUCCUGGGCUAAAUUACGUGUCCUUUGCUAAUGUCAGCAUGUGUGGCUUAACUCCUAAUGUUGCUGAUCUGAGCAUGGAAGCAAACGCCAUAGCACUCAAGUACCUCAGUGAAAAUCAGCUAUCUCGACUUUCUCUCAGUCACUCAGGCCAAAAUCCUCCUGCAGAUUUUUCUUUUCAAGACCUCUUGAAUACAAAUAUGGACAAGAGCAUGGUGGGUCUGAGCUUAAUUUCACCCAGCAAUAUGUCUUUUGCAACCAAGAAGUACAUGAAGCGAUAUGGGCUGAUCCAGGACGAUGAGAGUAGUGAAGAUGAAGAGGAACUGCAGGCUCAAGGUGGCAGUUCUGGCACUGUCAAAAGUAAAAUUAUGCUGGACAAAAACUCUGCCCCUGUGUUGGAUGGCUUUGACCACUGGACUCAGUUAGCCAAAAGAAUUGAUGGCAGACUUCCCAUUCAUCUACAAAGUCACAGCAGAGAGCUGACUGCUAAUGCUUCUCCACCAGAACUAAACAUCCCCGUAUUAAGAAAUAUUACAAAUGAAAUUUUUCCUCCUAGGCCAGAUGAAGCAGUUGAAAACUCAGUUCAGAUUUUAAAGGGUUUAAAAUCAAAACCCAAAUUGUUACCUGGGAGGAUUGAAUUCACUGAACAGCCUGGCAGGAAAGAUGAAGGAGAUACUCAGGUCUUCCCUGGAAAUCUGCAAACCCCAACCCUUGAAACAUUAAACCAGUCAAACAGCAUAAAUUCUGUUGGCACCAUUCUUGAUGUGAAACAACUCAGGCAGUUGCCAAAGUUGUUCUGAACAUCCCCUGAGAUGGCUGGCAGCCACUCCUUCAAAUCUGAGAGGGACCUCUCUGUGUAAGACUACAGGAAACCAAGGAUUAAGCUAUCUUUGGAGAGGUCACUCUUGUACAACUAAAACAUGCAGAGCUGAGUUUUCAGCCCAGGGACAGCCACCUCUAAAUGCCUGGUUGAGUCAGUGCUGAGCAGCACUGAAGUACAUGUGCACUUUUUUUUUUAGGCAUGAUUUUAAAGUAUAUAAAGAGUGAAUCAGCUUGAGCCCAAGAUGGACUGAUGAUACACUUUUAUCAAUGAUGCUUAUUUAAAUGUUCUGUUGACUUUUUUAAAACCCUGAGUUUUACCUGUUGGUGCCAGCUGUGAGCCAUUGAUACUGUGUGUGGCAGAGCAAGGGUAACAGAGCUGAAGUACUAAU